AAAGCUGGGGGAGAGAACCACGUGAGCCGAGUCACUAGAUACGGAAGUACGCCUGCUGACAAUUGAAAUUAACAAUCACUGAAAAAGGAAUCACACAAAUCAAAUAAGAUAUAUACACACUGUAUAUAAUAGGUCAGACAUACACGUUUUGUGCAUGUGGACUUCUGUGAAGGAAAAUCAUGGAAAGAGCAGAGGAGUGUAUGAAUGUGGAUAUAUGCAUUGUGGGCGGUGGGCUUGCAGGGCUAGCCUUGGCUCUGGGAUUGCAGGAAAGGGGAAUAAAGGCACAUGUGUUCGAGCGCUAUUCAGUACCCAGACCAGACCCUGGAGCUGUGACUUAUAUUGGUGAGAAUGGAAUUAAAGCUUUGGAGGGUAUUCGACCUGGCCUUAGUACAGUCAUGGCUGAAGAAGGCAUUUAUGCAACUAGAAAGAAGUCUAUUUCGGUGAGAGAUGGGAAGGAAGUGUCAACCAAGAUAAUAGAAUUUGCAGAAAAAACUGCAAUGUCAGUCCCAUGGAAGAGCGCGCAACAAACUCUAGCAAAAUUUGUAGAUGUUGACGUUGUCCACUCAUCACAUCGUUUGCUUUAUUAUAUGCCACACCAGGAUGGGAUAGAAGCCCAUUUUGAAUAUGUUAGUGACAAGGAUGAUACUGAAAAGCAUAUUAAGGUUGUAAAAGCAAGGCUUCUUGUUGGGGCAGAUGGAAUAUGGUCUACAGUAAGAAAGCUUAUGGUUGGUGAUGCUCCACGGUGCCUAAAUCUGGUGGAGUGGACUGCUGUGGUUAAAGAUCCAAAUGACAGGGUUGUUAAAGGUCUUGGAAUGGGUGAGAUCUGUGUGCGUUUCCAGGAAGAUGGAAAGAUCAAUUGUAUCUUGGUUAAUGCAGGAGAUUAUACAAUAUGGAUAUUGAGAAUGGCUGAGAGGAAAAGUCAGCUAUCUGAUACAAAUCUGAGUUCUAAGGCCCGAGCUUUAAUGCAGUUAAAUAAGUACAAAGGAUGGGAAGAGCUUAGAGAAACCAUCAUACAAACUCCAGAAGAGUUGAUACUAGAAAGAAAGCUUAUGGAUAGACUGCCUUUGAAUUGUUGGAGUGAUUUGGAUGGACGUGUUCUUCUAAUUGGUGAUGCGGCACAUGCCCAGUUCAUUGGAUCUGGACAAGGAGCAAGAACAGCAUAUGAAGAUUCUCACCAGUUGUCGAUUUUUCUUGAGGAGGCUAGCCACUCAUUUUUCUCAAAGGAAAGUAUUAAGACUGCAGUUAGAAGCUUUGAAGAACUAAGGGUACCACGCCUGAAAAAGAUGCAUGGGUAUGCAUGCCACCUCGCUCUCUUGCCUGAACUAAAACCUGACUGGGUGAGGAAAUUGUCAAAUGAAGAAGUUCUCAAGUGGGCAAUUGAGUUCCGUAACUGGAUAAAUGCAUAUCCAAAUUUUCAACAAGGUGAUCCUAAUUCUACAUAUUGCAAGUAGUUCUUUUGUCUAUCAUUGUGGCAAAAGAAAUUGGGCUUCUAAUGGUGUUCUUAUAUAUGUAUGUUAAAAGAACUUUAAUGGUGGACUAUUGAAACAACUUAUACGUCUUAGCUUUUGUAAGCUAAGUUUAUUUAGCUAAUAUUUCACUUAAUACUCUGUUAAAAGAUUUGACUUGUGUGUGCACGUGUGCAUACAUGUGUAAGAUAUAGUAAAUAAUCAUCUAUCAAUGUUGAUAAAUGUGUAAAAGGAUGCGGCUAAACUGGCUCCAAAAUGGUUUUACUUCA